CUCCCCUUCCUCCUCCGUAACAGCCUUUCUCUUCGCUUCAGUCACUUCCUUCCUUAGCCCCUUCCUCCCCAGAGCUUGAAGAAGACACGCGGGCUGGGACCCCGGCUGCACCAAUCCUUUGGAAAAGACAAGGAGGCGGAGAGGCAGCAAUGAAUGUGGAUCAUGAGGUUAACCUCUUAGUGGAGGAAAUUCACCGGCUGGGCUCAAAAAAUGCUGAUGGAAAGUUAAGUGUGAAAUUUGGGGUCCUGUUCCGAGAUGACAAAUGUGCCAAUCUUUUUGAAGCAUUGGUAGGAACUCUCAAAGCUGCAAAACGAAGGAAGAUUGUCACGUACCAAGGAGAGCUACUUUUGCAAGGCGUUCAUGAUGAUGUUGACAUUGUAUUGCUGCAAGAUUAAUGUGGUUUACAUAUUAUCUUUGUCAUUAGUUUUUGUUUCUGGUAAACUGGAAUAUGAAGUCAAGGUCAAACACAUGAGCAUACUUAAGGUAUUUUUCUAGGACUUUGUAAACAAAAGGAGACCGUAUUUUAGAAGUCUGUCCUUUUUUAUAUCUUAAAAAUGUAUGUUAUUACACUAUAAAAUAAACAAGACCUGUUAUUUUCUCAGGAAUCUGCUUGGAAAAUUUAGGCAAUGCGGUUUUUGUAGUGGGGUGGGAAAUGUUUGCUUCAUUAAUCAUUCUUCUAUAGAAUAUUGACAUUCCAUGAAAGCAAGAAGCAAACUAAAAACCAUUUCCCCUCAAGGAGUAUUAAAAUGUUUAUGUAAUAAA